AACACACACUGCGUGCCCUUUCAUUGAGAGCAAGGGACGGUAAUGUGCCUCUUGCAGUCACUGAGGUAGGACGGGACGUUUGGGAGAGUUUUACAUGGUGUGAAGAAACCAGACCAACUGAUUCCCCCUCACAGGAUUUUGUCAGAGGUGAUUGACGCAAGAAAGUUGGAUUGCGGACAAACGGUAUAUUGCAAGGGGGGAUUUGUGGACAGGUCCCGUGAAGGAGAUAUGAAGUGCUUUCCUAGACCCCCCUCUGUACGUGGUUGAGGAGACUGCAGUUUUACCUGAGGGUCCAGAGGAGGAGUUCAGUCCGCUCAAUGCCAAGAGCUCACGGCGGCUCCAAACUUACUUGCACUCAGCUCACUGCCAGUGCUAGCAGCACAAAGUCAGGCUGCUCUGAGUUGUUUGGGCACCGCAAAUAGAGCUUGACUUUCUGCUUUACUUAAAUGAAGGCAUCCUUUCUGGAUUAGUCACUCACUGCAGAAUUUUUUUUUUUAAAAAUGGUAAUUUGCAGAUAGUCACAACCAUAACAAACACUGUAGUUUCUCUCUUGCUCCUCAUGUGAUUACACACACACACACUGGUCUAAAUGGGAGCAGAAUGAGCUAAAAGGCCAUCAGUUUCGGGAGGCUUUGGAUACUGGUGACUACAGGAGCCCCUGGACCACAGGAGACAGGAUUGGAGCCAUUCGGACUGGGACUUGCAGCCUUGGGAGACAAGGGGAAACUUUUCACAAGCAAAAGUGUAUUUGUAUGAAAAUUUGUGACUUUAUUUACUGAUUUGGAGGCACAAGUGUCCAGUCAGCGGGGCCAAUUUUGGCAUUUUGCCCUUGGAUGAGGAAAUUUGGGGGAGGGAAACUCUGAAGUUUUUUUUGUUUUUUUUUAUUUGUGUUUGAUUUUUGACCUGUAACACAGAAGUCGUGUUCUGGAGCCAUGCCUCAGCUCUCUGGAGCAGGGGGCGGCAAUGGGGUUGGAGGGGAUCCUGAGCUGUGUGCCACAGAUGAGAUGAUCCCCUUUAAAGAUGAAGGGGAUCCCCAAAAGGAGAAGAUCUACGCUGAGAUCAGCAACCCAGAGGAGGAGGGAGACCUCGCUGAUAUCAAGUCGUCUCUGGUCAAUGAGACUGAGAUUAUCCCCAGCAGCAACAAUCACGAGAUUUCGAGACGAAGACAAGACUCGUAUCAUGAAAACCCAAGAGAACAUCCCGAGGAUGCAGGAAAACAUCCGGAUGGAAGCUUAUACAGCAAAUGCCCUUCUUAUACUGGAUACCCAAGCUAUAUCAUGAUGCCAAAUAUGAAUAAUGAGCCUUACAUGUCAAAUGGAUCUUUGUCUCCACCCAUUCCAAGAACAUCAAACAAAGUCCCAGUGGUGCAGCCAUCACACGCCGUCCAUCCUCUAACCCCACUCAUCACUUACAGUGACGAGCAUUUUGCACCAGGAGCACACCCAUCACAUCUCCCAUCAGAUGUCAACACAAAGCAAGGCAUGCACAGGCAUCAUCAAGUGCCGGACCUACCUACAUUUUACCCACUGUCCCCAGGAAGUGUGGGCCAGAUGACACCACCAUUGGGCUGGUAUCCACACCAUAUGGUUUCUGGUCCUCCGGGCCAUCACGCAACUGGAAUUCCUCACCCAGCUAUUGUCAAUCCUCAGGUUAAACAAGAACAUCCACACAAUGACAAUGACCUAAUGCACAUGAAACCUCACCACGAACAGAGAAAAGAGCAGGAACCCAAAAGACCUCACAUAAAGAAACCUCUGAAUGCUUUCAUGUUGUAUAUGAAAGAAAUGAGAGCGAAUGUAGUAGCAGAAUGCACUCUGAAAGAAAGUGCUGCCAUCAACCAGAUUCUGGGCAGAAGGUGGCAUGCAUUGUCCCGGGAAGAACAGUCCAAAUAUUAUGAGUUAGCUCGCAAAGAAAGGCAAUUACACAUGCAGCUUUAUCCAGGAUGGUCUGCAAGGGACAACUACGGUAAAAAAAAGAAGAGGAAGCGGGAGAAACUGCAGGAAUCCACAUCAGGUGCAGGCCCCCCAAGAAUGACAGCUGCCUACAUCUGAAGCAUGGAGGAAAGAAGAACACAUUCUCAUCCUGUAAAACAAAGGCAGCAAGUGCAGGAGGUCUUCUGGAGAUGGCUCUUAAUUAAUUCAAUAUCGUCUCCAUGAGCAGCACCUGCCAAUGACUUGGAUCAGUCAGCGUGAGAGACAAUGUAUCACAUAGACAAUCACUGCCAUCGCUCUGGCCUCACACACUGACACCGUAUCACCCACACAAAGACUUGGAGUGUCCCACCUGGAGAACUCCACCUUUACAACAUGGAGCCCGCUGACCUUGGACAUGGAACACGGAGGAGACAAAACCUCUUUUAUUUAAAAACGGAGCAAAUGGAUCAACUGUUAUUUGUUUUGGUUUUUUUAAACGUGUUAUUGUUUAUUCUCCAUAAAACUUGAAUGUUUUUAUAUAUCAGAUUUUAACAACGAUGUAUAUUUUAUUAGGGGUAUAAAACAUUUCCAGCAAAAAAAAAAAAACAAAAGCUUCCUUUUUCUGGAUUUUUUUUUUUCUAAGAAAUCUGUUUGUGUAACUUGUGAAAUUGCCCACGUAGAACUCCCAUCAGUCUCUGCUCUGAGCACCUGUGUUGUCUGACACUUUCCUACACUGGAAUUACAGAUAUACAGAGUAACAUGGCAGCAGUAUGACAGUUGAGAAGUUCCAACGGGACAUUGAGAGGCAGCUGAGUAUCACAUUUCAUAAAUUAUUGCAAUUGUGCCGAAACUGAUAAACGCUGUUGCAUCCACCCCCUUUUACUGAGGAAGGAACCCUUAAAACACAACAGCGCCCCCCUACAGCAAUAGAGUCGAAAAACAACCCCUUUUUUAAAAAUAAAUAUGUAAUUCACAUUCUGUCUCUUUAGUUUGCGUUCUAUAACGUCAGGCGCAUAUUUAAUGUAAACGUUGGCUUGACCAUUCUCAUGUGAUGCCCAUUCUGUCCCGGUGUUUAAUUAAAAAGAAAAGCCCAGCACUUGGAUUCAUUGUAACCAUGUAAAUUGUUCUGUAUCGUAUUUGUUUUUGUAGGAUUUCUUUUUGCCUUUAGUGGGAUUUUGAUGCCAGUUGUGGAAUAAAACCGACCCAUUAAUGCCCCCCUCUUUUUCAAACAGGGCACACACUUUGCCAAAAUGAAAUUGUCAACUUUUUUUUUUAUUAUUAUUAUUAUUUUUUGCCAUUCCAAUUGUGCUGAGCAGAUGUUUUUAAAAAGGCUUUGUAAUAAAAUGUUCAAAAC